UUUACAGGUAUGCUUCUGGACUACUGAUCAUCAUCGUAUCAUUCAAUUCAUUGGAGGCGUUUGCUGAACCUGACUGUGAUGAAUCUGCAAAAACUAUACAAAAACAAAUCUAUAAUGGUGGCUAUCAUUAUAGAAAUCGUUAUGAAACAAUUGUCGAAAACAUAUCAAUAAAGUGCUCCGGAAUCCAGUUACCAUUGCCACCAAGAAUUGCUCAGAAUAGUUGUGAUAGAUGUCCUCGCUUGUUAGAAAUAUCAUCCUCAAACAUUUCAGUGGUACCUUCCACAGCCUUCUCAAAUUUUCCAUUUAUAACCAGUCUUCGCAUGGAAAGAAAUCAUAUAGAGGAAUUAUUACCAGGAGCUUUCAAUACUUUACAUUCUCUCAAAGAAGUUUUUCUAAGAGGAAACAAUAUUGAGGAACUCAGCCCUGGAGUUUUCAAUUCCUUAUCCGAAUUGGAGAUUUUAGAUUUAUCUGAAAAUAAUUUGAAGACUUUAGGAGCAAAUUGCUUGGCUGGGACAAUCCACUUGAAGUCAUUGAAUCUUUCUUCCAACUUUUUGGUUACUUUCAAUGAGUCAAUUCUGGAUCAGAACAUUGCCGAAAUUGAAUACAUCGACAUGAGUUUCAACAGAAUAACAGAUAUCAGUAUUGGAAAUAUUGAACACAAAAUUAUCAAUAUUGAUUUAAGUUCGAACAGAAUAUCUACAAUGAAUUUCUGUAUUUCAGAAUUCGUGAGUGUUAAUGUUAGCAGAAAUCUAUUGAAAUCCCUGGGAAAAAUAUCCUGCUCCAAUACGAAUUCCAGGCUCAUUAGUUUGGACAUGAGUUUCAAUAACAUUUCUGAAUUAUUUUCUGAUUCUUUCAUCAACUCAACGCAACUCAAAAUAUUGAAUUUUCAACAUAACAACAUAUCUUCUCUUCCCAUUGGACUUUUUUCUCAUCUGUCGAAUUUGGAAGAUUUGAAUUUAGCAAACAAUAGUUUGGAACAAUUUUAUCACGGAAUUCUGGAGGGUUUGGAGAAACUACGGAUUCUUGACAUAUCCAACAACAAAUUCAUCACUAUAAAAAGAUAUUUGCACUCUCUUGUGAAUUUAAGAGAAUUGUAUAUUCAACGUAAUAAGAUCAAGUCUUUAGAUUCUGAACAACUCAUAAGAGAUCUACCACAUCUGUCAAAUAUUUCUUUGGAUGGCAAUAAUUUCACGUGUGAUGAUCUGAUUGAAAUAAUACAUGAUCUCAGAAGCAAGAGUGUCAAUAUUGCAUAUGGGGACGCCAGAAAUACUUCAAAUGUUCAUGGUAUUUCUUGUUUAGACAAUUCGAAUGUGUCUACAGGUUUUUCAGAAAAUAUUGGCUCAAAUCUAGAAAAAAUAAUUCUUAAUAAGUUAGGACAACUGUCUAAUCAGGAAUCUAACUUGAACGACAUGCAUGAGUACUUCAAUAGUGAUUUUAAGAAAAGUAACUUUUAUCAGUAUUUGGAAAAUAUGAGAGAACAAAAAUCUCUGAGAUUUAACGAUUCACAAAUCUAUAAAUUUUUCAACCAGGACUUCGAGAAUACCAAAUUUUACAAAUAUUUGAAAAAUCUAACUGAUGCUGAGAAUAUUACCAUUGAAUUCAAUAAAAACGUAUAUGACUACUUCGACAAAGACUUCAAAAAUAGUAGUUUCGUUAAGUAUUUGGAAAAUUUGCAAAAUGCUGAAAAUAUAUUGGACGAAGAAAUAUCAAAAAGUGUGAUGAAUAAGUAUUUUAACGAAGGUUUUGAACAGAGCAGAUUUUACAAUUAUCUAGAAAAACUCAAAGUGAAUCCAGAGUUUUACAAUUCGUCAGGAUAUUUGUAUGAUAAAAAGUUUGAUUCGUAUGUCAUAACAGAAGAGACAAAUAUUUUGUUAAUAUUGACAGUAAUACUUUUAAUUAUAGUAAGUGGCAUUUUGGGGAUAUUGACAUAUAUUAUUUUCGAAAAUCUUUCUAGAAAGAAACGGAAUAGUGAACAAGUGGAACUUAUUGAUGCAUAAUUUCAAAAUAAUAUUUUUCUCCAAAAAUGAUUUUCUUUAGGGGACGCCUUUUUUUAUCUAUAGUAAGUUCAAUAUUCUAUAUUUUAUUAGUUUAUUGCUUGCCUUGUUGUCAAGUUCCAUGUUUCAUAAUAAACAAAUAUUUGUGAAAGAAAAA